AUGGCGCCCGGGCGACGGCAGCGCGACAAGGGCCGGCGGGCGGCGGGCGGGCCGCUCUUAAGGCCGCGGCGCAUACCACCGCGGCGCCCGGCGCGGGGGGGGAGGAGUGGCGCUGGGCGGGACCAUCGGGACGGGAGGGGCGGGGAGGAGUGGCGCUGGGCGCGGCCCCGGCAAAGUCCGCCGCUGGAACCGGGCCACGCCCCCCCGGCCUCCCCCCGGCCUCCGAUGGUCGCGCCUUCUGCUGGUGGAGACGCUGCCGAGUGCUGCUACGUCGCCCAGUGGCCGCAGCGCGGGGGCUGGGGAGAAGGGGGCUGGAGACACUCCCCCCCCAGCGCUGGACGCGGGGCACGUGCCCCCCCAGCCCAGGUCUGUGCCAGGCACUUGCCUCUCAGCCCCACCUCCUGCCUGGCUGCAGCCAAUCGCCUCCAUGCAGCCAACCGCCUCCCUCCCUGCUCAGGGGUCGGAGUCAGGAUGCGGUCGACCUCAGUGGUCAUCAUAGCCACCUUGCUGAGCCCACUGGUGGGGGCCACCUCCAGUCCUCCCCCACCUUCCCAGAAGGCAGCGUCCAUCUUCUCUGACUUGACCCCCGAGGAGCUGCGGGCCGUCCGAGGCUUCCUGAUGAGUCGGCCAGAACUGGGGCUAGAGCCAAACGAGGGGGGGACCCUGCGCAAGAACAGCCUCUUCCUGGUGGAGCUCCUGGCCCCCAAGAAAAGCAAGGCUUUACAUUACCUUGAUGGAGGCGGGCGCCGCCCAAGACGCCACGCCAGAGCUGUGGUCUUCUUUGGCGCCGAGGCCAAGCCCAACGUCACUGAGUACAUUGUGGGACCUCUGCCCAGGCCCACUUUCUACCGCCAUUUUGGCCCACCUGUGGCCUACACUUCAAGGCCUGUCAACCAGCUAGAGUACCAGCUACUUUACAAGAGCAUGCAGGUGGGCCUGGCCCCUCUGGAGCAAUUUCUGCAGGAUAUCUCCGGCUUCAGACUGGAGCCGUGUGGCGACCGGUGCUUCACCUUCACAGACGUUUCCCCUCGUGGCCUGGCGCCAGGUGAGCGUCGCACGUGGAUUAUCCUGCAGAGACAAGUGGAGGGCUCUUUCUUGCACCCAGUCGGUCUGGAGCUCCUGAUUGAUCACAGAGCCCUUGACCCAAACGCCUGGGAAGUGCAGAAGGUCUGGUACAACGGGCAGUAUUUUGACAGCCCCGAGGAGCUGGCUGAGAGAUACGCCCAGGGCCAGGUGGACACGGUGCGUCUACCUGAGCACCCAGAGCACAGCCUCUUCUCCACCUUUGUUCCCCGUGGGAACUUCACCACGGGGCCCCCUACAGACAUGCACGGGGCCAAAAUAUGUGAACCGGGCGGCCACCGUUACUACGUCCGUGGCAACCGGCUAGAGUACAGCGGCUGGAGCCUGGCUUUCCGGCUGCGUUCCUCCACUGGCCUGCAGCUCUUUGAUGUGCGCUUCAACGGCGAGCGCAUCGUUUAUGAGCUGAGUGUGCAGGAGGCCAUUGCCUUCUACGGAGGGAGCUCGCCAGGCACCAUGCAGACGAAAUACAUCGAUGUCGGGUACGUGAUGGGCUCCCUCUCUCAUGAACUGGCUCCUGGAAUUGACUGCCCAGAGGUCGCCACCUUCCUGGAUGCCCAUCACAUGUGCGAUGCCGACGGACCUGUCCGUUACCCCCGUGCCAUCUGCAUCUUUGAGCUGCCCACUGGAGUGCCCUUGAGGCGCCAUUUUGACAGCAACUUCCAUGGCGGUUCCAACUUCUACGCAGGCCUAGAGGGUCAUGCGCUUGUGCUCCGCACCACCUCCACGGUGUACAACUACGACUACAUCUGGGACUUCAUGUUCUUCCCCAACGGUGUGCUGGAGACCAAAGUUCACGCCACGGGCUACGUCCAUGCCUCCUUCUACACACCCGAGGGCCUCCGUUACGGCAACCGCAUCCACAGCCAUGUUCUGGGCAACAUGCACACGCAUCUGGUCCAUUACAAGGUUGACUUGGACAUCGCAGGGCCCGGCAACGCCUUCGAGACGCAGGAGCUGGCCUUCGAGGAGCGGGCCGUGCCCUGGCAGGCGGGCCGGCGCCUGCUGCAGCCCGUCCUGCGGCGGGAGCGGCGCCUCCGCGAGAGCCACGCCGCCUUCCCCGUGGGCGAGCCGCUGCCGCGCUACCUGCUCUUCUCCAGCCCGCACCGCCGCGGCCCCUGCGGCCACCCGCGCAGCUACCGCCUGCAGCCCGCCUCGCACGCCCACCGCGUCCUGCCGCGCCGCUGGCAAGAGGAGCGCGGCGUCUCCUGGAGCAGGUACCACUUAGCGGUGACUCAGCACCACCAGGACGAGGACACCAGCAGCAGCAUCUACAUCCAGAACAACCCCUGGGAGCCCCACGUGUCUUUUGAGAGCUUUCUCCAGGACGACGAGAGUCUGGAUGACCAGGACCUGGUGGCCUGGGUGACGGUCGGCUUCCUCCACAUCCCACACUCCGAGGACGUCCCCAACACCUCCACGCCCGGCAACGCCGUGGGCUUCCUCCUGAGGCCCUUCAACUUCUUUGACGAGGACCCCUCCGUGGCCUCCCGCCGCACCGUCAUCGUCCGUCCCGCCCAGGACGGCCCCAGCAAGGGGGUGACCGUUCAGCGCUGGACACCAAACAGCCCCGGCAGCUGCAUUUCGGACACACCCUUCAGCUACAAUGGCACUUACUCCCAGGUGUAG